GUAGUUAGUUAGCAACCAGCAACAUUUAUAGCCUGAUAGCACCAACCGUGAGAUUUAUGUUGUGAUUAAAGGACGCUAACAAAAACAAAAUGUCAGAGCAAACGAUAACAGUGACAGUUGCAUACGGAUCUACUAAGCACAGCAUCACAUUAACUGGUCAGGAUGAAGGCAAGGGCCCCAUUGUCAAGGACCUCUCAGAUGCUCUCACCAAAGCUACUGGAGUUCCUCAAACCUCACAGAAACUUAUUUUUAAAGGAAAAUCGCUGAAAGACGUGGAGGAGAGUCUGUCCAGCUAUGGAAUAAAAGAAGGCUGCAAGCUCAUGCUGAUUGGGAAACGGAACAGUCCUGAAGAAGAGGCUGAGCUGAAGAAACUGAAAGACAUUGAGAAAUCUGUGGAACAGACGGCUAAAAAGCUGGAGAAAGUUGACGGGGAGUUGACUGGCCUCAAGAAUGGCUUCCUGGCCAAAGACCUGCAGGCAGAGGCGUUGGGUAAACUAGACCACAGAGUAAAAAUAGCAGCGGAACAGUUCAUGAAGAUCCUGGAGCAGAUUGAUGCCAUGAGUCUCCCAGACAAUUUUAAUGACUGCAAAAUGAAGAAAAAGGGACUUAUAAAGACUGUGCAGGACUUCCUGGCCCAGUGUGACAAGAUCGAGGCUUGUAUAUCAGACCACCUAUCAAAGAUCCAGUCUAAAAAUCUUGCCCUGGCAGAGUAGAGUCACAAAGUUGCCCAUAACGUGUGCUAUACAUUGCUCUGUGAGCAACUGCAAAGUGUACAGAAAGUAUCAAGUGUGGAUGCGAUCCUCGUCUAUUUAUUGUUGGGAUGAUGUGUAUGAGAGAUCCCUCAUCACAGAGAAUCCUGUGAACAGAAGGAGGCUGGUUAUUGGUGCUGAUGCUGGGUACAUCUGGAAUACAUCCUCUGGGUUAAAGAGAUAUGAAAGUGCUCAAGACAUUGUAACCAUAGUCACUCUGUGAAAGGAUCACAGGUGCUUUGAUUUGUUGCAAAUUAUGUCUAACUCUCUCAAAGCAUCCUAAAAUAGUGCUGAAUAGAACUGCAGAGUUCAAAUUUCAGAAUAUCAAUGACAAUGUCCUAAAACUGUUACUACAAUUCCCUGGUUAAUCACCCAGUAUUGCACAAACUGCACAAUGAAAUAGAAAACACGUUUCUUCUCAUUGUGACUGGUUCCAUGCAGCAGUUUGUACAGGCAUGGCCAAAAGUAUGACGACAUUAUAAGCAUUAAUCUGCUAACACUUCACACUCCUGGGGAGGAUUUUCCACUGGAUUUUGGAACUUGACUGCAGGGAUUUGCUCUUAAUUCGGCUCCCAGAUCAGCGAGGUCAGGCACUGAUGCUGGAAAUAAGAACGUUUCAGUUCACCCCAAAGAUGUUGGUUGAGGUCAUCACCAAACUGGGGGGAAAAAAAAUAUUUUUGCAUGGACCCAUAUCUGCACAGAGGCAUGUUUAUGCUUUAACAGGAAAAGGGCAAUCUUCAACUAUUGUCUAAUAUACCGUUGUAAUAAUUAGAACUAAGGGGCCAACCCAAAACUAGAAACAUUUGUUGAUUGAAAUCAACACAAUUGGCAACUAUUUUGAUAAUCAUUUAAUGGUUAGUCAGAGUUAAGCAAUUGCAAAACAAAGGAUUAAAUAAAUGAAUCAUGAAAACAGCUACCCUUGCUCACCAUUAUAAAUAGAAAAAGUACACAAUGAUGUCCACAAACCUUUGGCCAUAUGUUGUGUAUUAAUUCUACAUGGAGCCAGCCAGCACCUUUUGUUUAAUCCAGUGACUGAUGCAGUGUACCACGCAUCUUUGAAGUUAGUUGUCAAAUGUGGAAUUGUUUUUGCUUUCAACCAUCACAUCUAUUUUCCCGUUUUAAAAUAAAGCCUCUGAAAAAAAUGAA